AUGGAGCGCUCGCCGCCCGACGGGCUGCUGAACGCGUCGGGGGCGCUGGCGGGCGAGGCGGCAGCGGCGGGCGGGGCGCGCGGCUUCUCUGCCGCCUGGACCGCGGUGCUCGCCGCGCUCAUGGCGCUGCUUAUUGUGGCCACGGUGCUGGGCAACGCUCUGGUUAUGCUUGCCUUCGUGGCCGACUCAAGCCUCCGCACCCAGAACAACUUCUUUCUGCUCAACCUCGCCAUCUCCGACUUCCUCGUGGGUGCCUUCUGCAUCCCGCUGUAUGUGCCCUAUGUGCUGACUGGCCGCUGGAGCUUCGGCCGAGGCCUUUGCAAGCUGUGGCUGGUGGUAGAUUACCUGCUGUGCACCUCCUCAGUCUUCAACAUCGUGCUCAUCAGCUAUGACCGCUUCCUGUCAGUCACCAGAGCUGUCUCAUACCGGGCCCAGCAGGGCGACACCCGGCGGGCAGUGCGGAAGAUGGCACUGGUGUGGGUGCUGGCCUUUCUGCUGUAUGGGCCGGCCAUCUUGAGCUGGGAGUACCUAUCUGGUGGCAGCUCCAUCCCUGAGGGCCACUGCUAUGCUGAGUUCUUCUACAACUGGUACUUCCUCAUCACGGCCUCCACGCUCGAGUUCUUCACGCCCUUCCUCAGCGUCACUUUCUUCAACCUCAGCAUCUACCUGAACAUCCAGAGGCGCACCCGCCUCCGGCUGGAUGGUGCCCGCGAAGCAGGCCCCGAGCCCCCACCUGAGGCUCAAUCCUCGCCACCUCCCCCACCGCCUGGCUGCUGGGGCUGCUGGCCCAAGGGGCAUGGGGAGGCUGUGCCCCUGCACAGGUAUGGGGUGGGCGAGGCUGGCCCUGGUGGAGAGGCUGGGGAGGCCACCCUUGGAGGAGGCAGUGGUGGUGCUGCAGCCUCCCCCACCUCCAGCUCUGGCAGCUCCUCGAGGGGCAAUGAGAGACCACGCUCACUCAAGAGGGGCUCUAAGCCCUCUGCGUCCUCAGCAUCUCUGGAGAAGCGCAUGAAGAUGGUGUCCCAGAGCAUCACCCAGCGUUUCCGGCUGUCACGGGACAAGAAGGUAGCCAAAUCCUUGGCCAUCAUAGUGAGCAUCUUCGGGCUCUGCUGGGCCCCAUACACACUUCUGAUGAUCAUCCGAGCUGCCUGCCAUGGCCACUGCAUCCCCGACUACUGGUACGAGACUUCCUUCUGGCUCCUGUGGGCCAACUCGGCUGUGAACCCUGUGCUGUACCCGCUGUGCCACUACAGCUUCCGCCGAGCCUUCACCAAGCUGCUCUGCCCCCAGAAGCUCAAGGUGCAGCCUCAUGGCUCCCUGGAGCAGUGCUGGAAGUGAGCCAGCCCACCCGGGCCCCCAGCCGCUCCCCUCGAAGACCCUGUCUCCUGGGCAGCUGGGCCACACAUACCUGCCUGGCUCACUCCCAAGGAUGAGCCAUGGCCUGCGGCCCACCCUAAACACCAUGGCAGCCUCUUUUAGACCGUCUGCCCUGGGGGAAAGCUGGUGGGCUGGUCAGGGGCCCUCAAGGGCUGAACUGCCACCUCCUUUUGCUUCACUCCAGGAAGGUUCCAGACUUGCUGUUCAACCCCACCGACAGUGCAGUGCCUGUGGUGUCCACCAUUUGCAUACUUGGUAGUUACUGGGUGUGUGCUCCAGCCCCCUGCCAGCAGUGUGCCCCUGCACGUGCGCACACCUGCACACACCUGCACACCUGCACUCCUCCCAGGCACGCUGGGUCUGCCUUGGCCACUGUCUGUCUCACUCAAGCCCAGAGCCUGGCCCCUUUAGCCUUUCCUCCCCGCUCCCUGCCCACCACGUGUCAGGUGCCCCGGGAACCUCGAAGCCGUUCUCUACUUUUCCUUUCUGGGUGUUUUCAGGAAGAUGAAGAAAACACGUCUGUGAACUUGAUGUUCCUUGGAUGUUUAAUCAAGAGAGACAAAAUUGCCGAGGAGCUCAGGGCUGGAUUGGCAGGUGUGGGCUCCCACGCCCUCCUCCCUCUGCUGCGGCUUCCGGCUGAGCUGCGCCAGCUGCUUCUGCCCGCCCCGCCCCUGGGCUCGGAGCUGGUGGGACCGCUGGCUCUGAGAGUGGUCAGAGUCCUAGUGCCUGCUGGGUGGGCCAGAGCCUGCCCCGCCACCCCAUCUACUCAACCAGAAUGUCUUGGGGACUGUUGGGUAGGGGGUCCCAAGGCUGGCAGGAGUAGUCAGAGAAGACCUGGGCUAGGAUGCCCAGGGAGGGGCCGCCUUGCCACAUCCUGCGCACCUGCUUUAGGUGCUCUGCAUGCUCCGCUCACUCUCUGUGUGCCCGCUGCACUGCCCCUGCCACCGUGAAGUCACAAUAAAGCGUAUUUUUUUAU